UAGAGAUGUUUGGUCGCACGGUCUCAAAACAGCCUAAUUCUCUCCCUGAGUCUAUUCAAAGUCAAAUGCAUGCUUGAGAAAGGGCAUCGUUUGGUAAACGAAGAAGCUCCCCAGCUUUGCCUCUUAUCUUCGGUUCUCCAUCUUGGCACAUCGUUGCGAAAGUCUAUUUGGAUCUUUGGGGGACACUUACGAUUGAAAGAGCUUCAGAGCCUUCAAGAAAAGCAAAAACCGAAGAACUGAUAAACCAUCAAAUAGGAAAAAAGCAAGGAAAAAACAGAUGUAUGCGAGGACGCUUUGGCCGUACCAUCUUUUAAGCUGAAAGAUUUCAAGAAGAAAAAUAUUACAAAAGACCACAGACAUUGCACCUAGGCAACACGAUCGGUGUCACAGCAGAAGACUUCUUCACACAAAAAACUCAUCCAGAAACACAGGGAAAGCGCCAUUUUCACGGUCUGAGGCCAUAAAAGUUUAACUAGAUACAGUGAUAGUAAUAGUAAGUUGAGCGUGGGCGAACGAUAUUCCUUUUUGUUUAUUAGCUACAUUUCACUCAGCUUGGGGUAAUUUUUUCCUGCUGGAAAAAAUAGUAAUUUAUAGUCUUAUAUUUCUUAAGCUAAAUAAUAGCUACCUUCAGAUUCAAUUUAAGAUUUUUUUUUAGACUAGUUGAAAACUUUAGUUUUAGUAGAGAUACGGUAUUGAACGUUUUUGUCAUUUCUAAUUUAAAAUCUUGUUUAUGCAAGCAGUUGAAAAAAAGUAUUUAGAUAUUUUAAAUUUUUAUCAUGGCAAGCAAAGGAAAACCAGAAGUUUCUGAAGAAAAAGAAGAACUACCAAAAUUUCAUCAAAAUUUCUUUACCGUUCCAAACGAACAAGAAGAAGACGCCAUUCCAGAAUUGAAGACAACCAUCCGUGAUCCACAGAAUCAUUAUAUUGAAGUAGAAUUCACUGAGAACUAUAAACAAUCUAAGAAAACAGGAUCUUGCUGCGGUGGCGUACAAAAUGUUUCCCCUCCGCCAUUCAUAAAAGUUGACUUAAACAAAAACAUCGACGUCGACCUUGCUGGUAUCCUGCUAAAGACAAAUGGCAAAGAACAAGGUUUUCUACAUGCUAAAGAGGUUGACGAUGUCAAAUUCAAAUCCUCAAAACCAAAAAAAGACGAAUUGCCUCCCGCGUCACCUGUUGACAAAGAUCUUCUUGAAGACCCCGGGGUCAAACCACUAGCAAACGCUUGGUCCUUCGUGCAGGCCGACGCCAAAACAGACAUCCCAACAACUUAUCAAAUUCCACGUCUCGCAGCUCACGAGCUACCUGUGGUAGGGACCUUCGUACACCAACAUGUCGUCCCAGGCUUCCCUUACCGCGUGCGACUGAAUGGAACCAAGGAAUUCCUCUUUGAGGGAAACCCACUAGUCCUGCAAAGCGUCGGCCAAGGUUAUGGCAAGAGGCUCAGCUUCGAAAGUGAGGACGUGUUGUACAAUGAGAAUUACUUCUGGUCUGAUAGUAACCCAGAGGAGGGGUACGCGUUCUCGAUAUCUCUUUCCCUUGGCGGCCACAAAUACAGCGUACUCGAUCGACAGGGAAAGGCGCUUGGAAAUGUGGAGAUUUUAAAGAAUGGCGAAAAGCAAGUCGUUAAGAAAAAAAGAUUUAAUCCAGUCAGUGUGGAGCUUGAGACCAAAGUUAACUUGCGCACCAAGUUGUGGUUGAAAGAUGCUGGAAAGGAAGCUAGGGAUGUCAAUCUACUUGGGGUUGCCAUAGCGACAAAAUAUGCACGUCAGCCUUGCGCAUGCGUGGAACGCAUCGUCGAUGUUGAGAUCCCCGGAUGUGGGGUUUGCUCUUUUGUGAAGGUAUCACGGAAGAUAUAGUUCUACUUACCUGACUUGAGUAGCCUUUGGUAGCAGUGAAAUUGACUUGAAAAUAUUGCGACAAUUUCAAUAUUUCAAUGAAACAAAACAUGAAAAAAAUAUUAUACUUUUUUUUGUAGAAAAAGGGACAGGGAAAUGGCAUUUUUUAGUGAGUGAGCAUUUAAAAAGUGGAUCGGGACCAUUUUAUAUUCUUAUAGUAAUAUGUACAGUGAUAUUUUUUGCGUAGAAUUUUAUUCUAUUAUUCAAGUAUAAUUUAUUAUUAUAAUCGCCUUUGUUAUUUUGUUUUUAAAUAGUAUUUUCAAUAUGAAAAAGUGUCAUUAGGGUUGUUAGACAAUUAAAAUUGAUUAAAACAUGAAGUGGAUAUAUCUGAA